AUGGAGCACAAUAAUCUGAACACCGCCAAGGGCAGUGACAACCGAGCCAGAGCCCAAGAUGGAGAUUCUGACGGGAUGACUGUGGAACCCGAUGGCCAGAUCCCUCCGAAGUCAUCAGCUACAAGCACACUCAAGCGGACAACCGGAACGACAUCUUUGGCAGCGACUCUGCUUCAAUAUCAGCGAAUAAUGCAGCAAUACCUAUGCUUCUGGGAUCGGAGAUCAAAAACAAACUCAAAGCAUUGA